CAAGAAGGACCAAAGCCCUUUUCUGUCUCCUUUCGCCUUCUUCCCUCACGAGUCCCUUCUCGCCAUGGCGAGGACGAAGCACACCGCAAAAAGAGGCCUCUCUCGCCCCCAUCGGAAGCGCUUCCAGUUCACCGGGUCUCCCAGUGCCCGGCGGAAAGCAGCAGCUACCUCGGCCGCGACCCCGUCUCGUACCGUUCCUAGUGACACCGGGGCCAGUUCGGAGGAUGCGCAUCAAGGAACGCAGAGGCAGACUGAAAAGCGGAGUCGCCGAUCUAGGCCUGGAGUAGUAGCCUUACGUGAGAUUAGGAGGCUUCAGAAGUUGACGAAGCUGCUGAUUCCUUUUGCUCCAUUUGCCAGACUUAUUAGGGAGAUCACUGGUUUUUAUAGUAGGGAAGUAACUCGGUGGACCCCUGAUGCUUUGCUUGCGCUUCAAGAGGCAGCAGAAUGCCACUUGCAAGCAAUGUUUGAGGAUGCAUAUCUAUGCUCAAUACAUGCAAAGCGUGUUACUCUUAUGGUGAAAGACAUACAGUUAGCUAGGCGGAUAGGAGGAAAGCGACACUGGUGAGAAAGGCUGAAAGGAUAAGCCAAUCUGACAUUGACAGAACCAUGUGCUGUUGUUUGAGCCAGCAACACCAUUGUCAUGUACCUCUUUGAGUCUUUACUCUGAAAAUGUUUUCCGAUACAUUGAAAGUGCAGCUGAUGUAUAUUUUGCAGGAGCCAACUGCAUUGAAUUGCCAUACUGAAUCCUCUAAUUAUCGAUUCAUUUAAUUACGAGAUGGUCAUUGAACUGUGAAACUUGCUUCAAAUACUGCCUAAUUAUGCUCUCAAGUCAGCGCAAAAUGCCAACCAAGUUAGGUUCUCCUUUUCCCUAAUUCUUCCCAUCUCAUAUAACCUUCUGUUUGGAUGAGGUGUCUGAAGAUUCAUUAAUAGAAAAAGAAGGGAGGGAAGUAAAGUAUUUAUAUUCUCCUUAUUUGAUAGAGGAAAGGUUCUUUACGUAACAUGUAUUAUCGUAUUUAGGAGGAUAGUAAGGGUAAUAAAAGUUAAAUAUAUAAAAUUACUCAUUUUUGUUAAAGACUUGCGCGUUAAGAAUCUUGUAGAUAUUUAUUGGUUAAAACUUAUGCAUUUAAACAUUUAUAGUUCA